AUGGAAACUGAAUCAGAUCGGAACGAUGACGCUACCAUUACCGUCGUCAAAGACAUGAGAGCUCGAUUGGAGAAUCGAAUUCGAACCCAACACGACGCUCACUUGGAUCUCCUUUCGUCUCUGCAAUCCAUUGUUCCCGACAUUUUCUGUGAGAAGUCGGACUUCAGUCACUCACGACUUGGACCAGCAAAUGGGCUUACUACUAGCCUUGACAUCAUGUUGGGCUCAAGCUGUGGUAUGGCCCAUCACAUAAGGCUUCUAGGGUUCCUAGCUAUAAAUACAAGAGUGUGGCACAAGGAAAACCUAAUCCUGAUUCCGGAGGAUUCCGAGCGCCUCCACGGCGGCUCGUAG